AUGAGUGAGAGAGUCAAAAAUUUAGAGAGAGAAGGAGCGAAUGGUCAGUUUGCUGUGGGGGAGAAAUGGACGAUUUUCGUUGAUAAUCUUAGCAAGAGGGUUAUAAGAGGUGAAUUAAGGGAAGUAUUUCAGCAUUACGAUCAAGUUGUGAGGAUUUUCAUUCCAAAUUUUACUCAGAAAUCGAAAUACAAGAACUACACUUUCGCGUUUGUCCAGUUUGCAAGUGAGGAAGGGAGGAGGAGGGCUAUUCAGUGUGUUAACGGAACUUGGAUCGACGGGAAAAGAGUUUCAGUCGGGUUAGAAAAAUAUCAGAACAACAGGAAUAGAGAAGUUACUGAAGGCAGGUCUACGAGGGAUGGGCCAAUCCCAACAAGGGUGGAGAAAACAAAUGGUGAGAAGCACGCUGGAUCUUUGAGAAACCUGAGGGAUAGUAGAUCAUACAAGGAGGUGGUGGAAACGACCAAUAGAGAGGAUUGCGGAAAUGUCAAUAAAGAGGAUGGUCAAAGGAUAAGGAAGGCUGCUAAUGGGAUAAGGAAUGUCUGGGAGAUGGAUAUCUCCUCGUAG